AUUGGCCCCCCACAAAAGCCCUGCCCGGAUUGGUCUAUCAGUGUUUCUCCUUAACUCCACCUAGUACAUACGACCGAUCUCUUUCUUUUUGACCAUCGGUUCAAACCAUUUGCUUCUCCCCCAAUGGCAUCGAUAGCCCCUUCUUUGCCCUACCGUCGACCAUCGCGACAGGGUUCCAGACAGGCAUCGAGAGAUAGCCGGGAUGACUUUCACUUCCACGUAGACCAUUACAUUGGCAUUGAUGUUGGUACUGGCAGUGCCCGUGCUUGCAUUAUCGAUAGUAAAGGAGAUAUUGUUGGAUUGGCAUCGGAGAACAUUGGCCUCUGGCAGCCACAACAGGGUUACUAUGAACAAUCUACAAAUGAUAUAUGGAGGUGUAUAUGUGUGGCCGUCCAGCGUGCCAUUAGCCAGCACAACAUCGAUCCAGAGACCGUACGAGGGAUUGGCUUUGAUGCAACAUGCUCCCUAGCAGUGUUCUCUAAUGUUACGGACGAACCUGUAUCUGUGACAGGACCGGAUUUUGAUUCGGAUCGUAAUGUGAUCCUUUGGCUGGAUCAUCGUCCGGUAGAGGAGACGGAAAAGGUGAAUGCUACCAAUCAUAACCUUCUCCGCUAUGUCGGCGGGAAGAUGUCCAUUGAAAUGGAGAUUCCCAAGGUUCUGUGGCUGAAAAAUCACAUGCCUAAGAAACUGUUCGACCAGUGCAAGUUUUAUGAUCUGGCAGAUGCACUGACGCACAUCGCAACUGGCAAUGAGAAGAGAAGCUACUGCAGCGUUGUUUGUAAACAGGGAUAUGUUCCUGUCGGAGUGGAUGGGAGUGUCAAAGGCUGGCAGGAAGAUUUCUUGGCUGAAAUUGGCCUUGGGGACCUCACUCGGGAAAACUUUAAGCGUAUGGGAGGUGUUGACGGGGUGACUGGCGAUUACCUAAGUGCAGGCGAACUGGUUGGAACCCUUUGCGAAAAGGCAGCCUCCGAAUUGGGCUUACCCUCCGGAAUUGCCAUUGGCAGUGGGGUCAUCGAUGCCUAUGCAGGCUGGAUUGGUACUGUUGGUGCCAAAGUUGAUCUCGGGUCCGAGCAGCUGAGCUCAGACGUUGCCAAAAAUGAUAAGACGCAAGCCUUUUCACGUCUGGCAGCUGUCGCGGGUACCUCAACCUGCCAUCUUGCCAUGUCCCCGAACCCUGUGUUUGUCCCUGGGGUCUGGGGACCGUAUCGUGAUACCAUUCAACCGGGGUAUUGGAUGUCCGAAGGAGGACAGUCUGCGACGGGGGAGCUGCUCAAAUACGUGAUUGAGACCCACCCGGCGUUUAACCAGGCGGUGUCGAUCGCUGAAUCGUAUAAUGCCAAUAUUUACGAAUAUCUGAACGAGCAUUUGAAAGAAAUCGCCCACGAACAGAAAGCCCCGAGUGUGGCUUAUCUGGCACGCCAUUUCUUCUUUUACGGCGAUCUGUGGGGUAAUCGGUCGCCGAUUGCAGACUCGGGAAUGACAGGCUCCGUGGUUGGCCUUACAAGUAACAAAUCUGUGGAUGGGCUCGCCAUUUAUUACUACGCAACACUUGAAUUCAUUGCUCUUCAGACACGGCACAUCGUCGAGACUAUGAAUGAGGCUGGCCAUAGCAUUACCUCCAUCUUCAUGUCCGGAUCUCAAUGUCAGAAUGAGAUCUUAGUCAAGCUCAUCGCUUCAGCAUGUGGUAUGCCUGUCCUCAUCCCCCGGUACAUCCACGCUGCCGUCUGUCAUGGUGCAGCCAUGCUAGGUGCUAAGGCUGCCAGUGCUGAUGCUGAAGGCAAAACGGAGGAUUUGUGGGAGAUCAUGGAUCGGAUGAGUAAACCAGGGAAGAAGAUCGUCCCGACAGAUAAUGCAACCGAGAAGGCUUUACUUGAUGUCAAGUACAAAGUCUUCCUAGAGCAGUGUUACAAGCAACAGGAGUACCGAGGUCUUGUUGACAACGCUGUGAGCUCAUGGAAGUCACCUUGAAGCUAACCACAGUUCUUCGGCCACUUUAUCGUAUUGCAUUACUUUUUGGCUUUUCGAUAGCGACUAUUAGAUUCAGCUCCUACCUUGAGAAACGGACUGCAAUCUAUCUAAUUGGAUAUAGUGCAAUGUGGAUUUAAAUGAAUUUGGACAAGGUAUUGUUAUGGUGUUAGGGUUUUCCGGGGUACAGUUCAAAUAGAGCGGGUGCGAUAAUGU